GAGGGAGAGAAAAUGGAUCAAGGAAUUCACCGUCCCAUUUUUUUUUCCUCCUCCUCUCCUGCCCUCCCCUUCCCAAACACAGUACUAAGCACUUGACAAAAUUAAGCGGCCCAGAACCCUGCACGUGAGCCACUCUACCUCUGCAAAACCUCAAACAAAAACCCCAAAAAACAAUUCAACACCAAACUCUUCUGUUCCCUGAACACCAUGGCGGAAGCUGAAAUCGGCGAAAUCGUGACCCAGCAAGAUAGUUCAAAAGAACCCAAAAAUCUAUUCUCAUUCCUUCCCAGAUUUGAGAUAAAACUUCCAUUCUUUAAUCAAGAUGAGAAGAAGCCACCACAAUCUGUGGUCAAAGAGGAACCGAAAAUAGCUGUAGGUGGCGAUGGAGAGGCUGAUAAUGCAAAGCAGAAACCAAAUUUUGUGAGGUUCCCAAAUGCUCAUCCCGUAAUUUCGCCAUCUCUUGAUGUCGAGCUCGAAGAGAGCAGCGGAAGGACUCACAAUCCAGUAGUUAUCUGGCAGGUUUAUGCCCUUGGCGGGUUCAUCAUAUUGAAAUGGGUAUGGGCGAGAUGGAAGGAAAGAAAGGAGAGAGCUAAGAAAGCAUCAUCCGAUGAUGAUGAAUCUUCUGAUGAGUAUCAAUCGCCACCUGAUAAUGAUUGAUUCUGAAGCUGUCAUACUGAAAAUGCAAUUUUAGCUAGUGAAUGUGAAGCUGGUUGGUUUAGCCAACAUCAAUUUUUGUAAUUUCUCAUCUUGCUAGUCGUCCAUGAAUUUACACGCUCUGUGCUUUUAACGUUCUUUGUUUGUGCAGUUAAGAUACAGUUACAAUA